AUGUCCGCGGAGGGCGGCGGCUACUCGCCGUGUCCGGCGGAGGCGCUGCCGGAACUGAGCGCCGCCGAGCUGGCGAUGAGCCUGUCGCCAAAGUCGGCCCUGCUGCAGCAGAACCUCUCGCAGCUGCAGCUCCAGCACUCCACGCCGUUCUCGGUCACCGAUAUCCUGUCGCCGAUCGAGGAGUACCGCAAGUUGGAGCUCGCCAACAACCCGCCGUCGCCGUACAGGUCCAACUCCUCGGGCAGCAGCAUAAACUCGCCCCUCGGGCCUGCCUCCUGUGGCAUGGCGGCCAACCCUUACGCGGUGCCCCUCUACGGGGGCGCGCCGGUGCAGGGCUAUGGGUGCGCCCCCGCCGACCUGCCCCACUACGGGGACAUGCGAGGCGCCAGUUGGUACCCUGCCUCCAACGACCCCAGGUUUGCCAUUUCCAGGCUGAUGACGUCGACGUCGGGCGGCAUGGGCCACGUGAACAACAUGGGCGGGCUGGCGGCGUGCGCGGGCCCCGACGCAAAGCCGAUGCAGUUCCCUCUCGCACAGCGGCGCAAGCGGCGGGUGCUCUUCACGCAGGCCCAGGUGUACGAGCUGGAGCGACGGUUCAAGCAGCAGAAGUACCUGUCGGCACCCGAGAGGGAGCACCUGGCAUCGCUCAUCCACCUCACACCGACGCAGGUCAAAAUAUGGUUCCAGAACCACCGCUACAAGUGUAAGCGGCAGGCGAAGGAGAAGGCAAUGGCGGAGCAGAACCAGCACAAUCAGUCGUCGUCGUCGCCGAGACGGGUGGCGGUGCCGGUGCUGGUGAAGGACGGGAAGCCGUGCGGCUCCGGGGAGUCCUCGUCACCAGCUCACAGCCACUGUGCCACCCCCACCUCUGGGUACAGCGCGCCGCAGCCCUCGCAGGCGGCCUGCAGCAACCCCCUGGUCUCCUCGUACCGCCAGCCAGCGGCCUACCAGCAGCAGUGCUCAGGCUAUCUCCCGCUGCAGGGCAGGGCCUGG